AUGCUGGUACGAUUUAGAAUUCGCACGCAGCUAGAAACAACUGUUCUGUAUGUACAAUACUGUAUUAGGAAAACACUACUGUGCAUUUCAAAUCUGCCGUUCAUCGUCAGCGCGCAUCCGAGCCCAAUUUCGCAUCUUGAAGAAAAACGCCCCACCACCGUUAGAACAACCCUCGACAGGAGACCCCCCACCUCCACGAUGUCCACGCCCGAAUUCCCCGAAAUUGCUACCCCAGGGCAACCGCUAGCACCGGUAGCAUCCUACACUCUAGGCACCGGCGUCCACAUAUUCAAUGACCAGAUUUGCGCGUCAGUUGUUGGACAACCUUCGCUCUCUGCUCCCACAACAAAGAGUGAGUCAAAACAGAUACUUUCGGUCCUACGGCCGAGCCAGUCUGGGAGUAGCGGGAAGCAAGAGGAUGUAGCUUUGACGAACCUGCUGCCACAGGUGGGGAACAAUGUACUGGCAAGAGUUACCAGAAUCAACCCAAGACAGGCGACAGUGGCUAUCUUUGUGGUGGGAGAUACGGUUUGCAACGAUGAGUUCCAGGGAAUCAUCAGACAGCAGGAUGUUAGGGCGACGGAGAAGGACAAGGUUAAGAUAUUUUCGAGCUUUAGGCCUGGAGAUAUCGUGAGGGCCCAAGUUAUAUCUCUUGGUGACCAGUCAAACUACUACCUCUCGACAGCCAGCAACAGUCUAGGGGUCGUAGUCGCUCACUCUGACUCUGGCGACCCAUUACAUCCUCUGAAUUGGCGCCAGAUGGCUUCAUCACGGACAGGCGCGGUGGAAGAGAGAAAAGUGGCCAAGCCAAUAUAA